CUUCACUCCAAACCGACACUGUGUCAAGAUCUCAUCUCAAGUAAACAACACAAAUAAAAACAGCUGGCGAAUAUCUCUCUUCCUAUAAACAAUCACACACCCGCCGGAGUCAGAUUCACCCCAUCGGUAAAUCUCUCUCUCUCUCUCACUCUCACUCUCACCACCUCAAAAUGGUUUCCCAAUCCAACGGCACGCCGGCGACGCCAUUUAAGUUCUUGAUCUACGGCCGUACCGGUUGGAUUGGUGGUCUAUUGGGCAAACUCUGCGACGCUCAAGGCAUCGAGUACACCUACGGCUCCGGCCGUCUUGAGUCUCGCGACACCCUUAUCGCUGACAUCACCGCCGUCAAUCCUACCCAUGUAUUCAACGCUGCCGGAGUUACCGGCCGCCCAAACGUUGACUGGUGUGAGUCACACAAGGUGGAGACCAUACGUACUAACGUCGUCGGAACCCUAACUCUCGCCGACGUUUGCCGUGAAAAGGGGUUGAUUUUGAUCAACUAUGCUACUGGAUGUAUAUUUGAGUAUGAUUCGGAGCAUCAACUCGGGUCGGGUGUCGGGUUUAAGGAAGAGGAUACUCCAAAUUUCGUCGGAUCUUACUACUCCAAGACUAAAGCAAUGGUAGAGGAAUUGCUCAAAAACUAUGAAAAUGUAUGCACAUUGCGUGUAAGAAUGCCAAUUUCAUCCGAUCUUACAAACCCCCGAAACUUCAUCACAAAAAUUAGUCGAUAUGAAAAAGUUGUAGACAUUCCAAACUCCAUGACCAUUCUUGAUGAACUCCUCCCAAUCUCCAUUGAAAUGGCAAAAAGAAACCUAACUGGUAUCUACAACUUCACUAACCCUGGUUGUGUUAGCCACAAUGAGGUCUUGGAGUUGUAUAAAGAGUACAUUGAUUCAAGCUACACAUGGAAGAACUUUACUCUUGAAGAGCAAGCAAAGGUUAUAAUUGCACAAAGAAGCAACAAUGAACUUGACACCACUAAGUUGAAAAAAGAAUUCCCCGAGCUUUUAUCGAUCAAAGAAUCGCUUGUGAAGUUUGUGUUUGAGCCUAACCGAAAGACACCCGUUGUGGCAUAACCGUAAGGUUUGAAGUUAUUUUGGUUUGUUUGUUUCCUUUUCUUGAUUAUGUUAUUGAUUAAUAUGUUGAGAUUGUGAGAUUAAUAUGAGGAUUUCUUACAAUAUAGUGUAUUUUUCUUGUUGUAUUAUCGGGAUUAUCUUGAUUAUGAAUAAGUAUGUGGGAAAUGAUAUAGUUCUUGAUUCA